UUGCUCACUGCGCAUGCGCGGAUGUGCGGAAGUGCUUGCAGACCGAUAGCCAGCUGAUAGAUCAACAACCGAACAGCCACCACGAAAACAGCCGCGACUGGCAACAACAGCAUCACAGUCUGACAGCUGUCCUCACAGCUUAAAAAGUCUCCAGUACUUAAAAAAACAAAACUUGACUGUUUUAAGUUGCUGCUUUUAAAGACGCUGUCAGGGAGGACGGCCACCCUUCCUACAUCAUGAGCACUCGUGGGACCAGCAGGGCCAAUGGAAGCCUACCGCAGACCAAGAUCUGCCAGUUCAAAUUGGUGCUGCUGGGAGACAUGGCCGUAGGCAAGUCCAGCCUGGUGCUGCGCUUUGUUAAGGGCCAGUUUGAUGAGUUUCAGGAGACCACCAUUGGAGCUGCAUUCUUGGCACAGUCCGUUUGUCUGGAUGACACUACAGUGAAGUUUGAGAUUUGGGACACGGCUGGACAGGAACGCUACCACAGCUUGGCCCCUAUGUACUACCGUGGAGCCCAGGCGGCUAUUGUAGUUUUUGACAUCACCAAGCCUGAAACAUUCGAGCGAGCAAAGGCUUGGGUGAAAGAGCUGCAGCGGCAGGCCAGUCCCAACAUUGUCAUUGCUCUCGCAGGAAACAAGGCUGACCUAGCAGACAAGAGACUUGUGGAUUAUGAGGAAGCCCAGACAUAUGCUGAAGACACGGGCUUACUUUUCAUGGAAACAUCUGCCAAGACUGCAAUGAAUGUAAACGAGUUGUUCCUGGCCAUUGCAAAAAAGAUGCCAAAAACAGACUCCCAAAACCCCACGCAUGCUGCCCGACACAGGGGGGUAAACCUUCAGGACCCAGAUGCACAGUCCACUCGAAGCUGCUGUGGGAACUAAAGGCCUGUCAACACUCCACCACGGGAGACCACCGACACCUGCUCCUUCCCAAAAUCCCACCCUUUACCCUUUCACCUCCUAAGACGGAUACAGAAAGAAAUAGAAGGAUAGAGGAAUAACAGAAAGAGAUUGAGGAAAAAUCCCUCAGUGAUGCCAUAAAGAGAUUUUCAAGGAAGACUUCUGAUGGACAGGGCAGAAAGCGAACGGACGAUGGACACUGUCAUAUCUGGCAGUAAAUACGGAUUCUGUAUUUAUUUAAGUCUACAAUAAUUUCAGCCUCUGUUCAUUUUCAUUAUGCAAGCACCAGGGUUUCACCCAAAGAGAAAAGAGAUUGGCAAAGAGAUACAGGAACACAGAAGAAUCACAAUGAACAGAAGAAUUAUUUAAUCGACAAAUCCCGUUCUCAGUCCUAGAAUGAACCGAGAUGGUCCAUAAAGCCCCUUUAAAAUAGCUGGAAGUCUUCAAGCGAAAUCUACACUGAGUAUCCGUAUGCUCUGGGCUCUCCCAUUCUGAUCCCAACUCUGACACUGGAAGGAAGUCAGCACCUUAACCUAAGCUAACCCUUGCAAUUCUCCAACCAUGAGCCACAUCUAAUAAAUUUUUCAACUACAAAAGGAACACUGAAGCAGAAGUUAUUCAUUCACCCUGACCUUGUUUUCUUCAGCCUCCAGCUUUAUUUAUUACCUUUGUUCGAACUGGUCUCCCUUACGUAGCUCGUCAUUCAUCUUAGACCCAAAAAGUAUUGAAGAACACCAAUGUUGUCUUCCCUAUCCCAUUUCCUUCUCCCGACCACAUUGAUCUUGAAGUUCAGUGUUGAAGUUCACGAAACAACAGCAAGCUCUACGAUGCCUUCUCUACGUUCUCGUCGCUUUGUGUAAACUACUGUUUAAGAAACAAUCGACAAAUCAUUCACAACACACUGGCAGAAACCAGAUGACCGUAGAUGAUCGUAAACCAUUUCGCUUCACGAGUAAUCGCAGAAUAACGCACAUUGAUUCUUCUGGACUAGGAAGUCAUGCAAUACUAGGCCAAUGUCUCAGUAUGUGUUAUUAAAAAGCAACAAAAAUAUUCAAGCACCCACAAAUCAACAACGUGAAUGAUUUAGCAACCAUUGUUGUGCGAUAUGCCGGGACGGCAAAUAGCAGCAAGGGAAAUUUUGGUCCACAAAGCCCCUGAAAAAGUGGGAAAAAAAAGAAGUGCCUACUCCGUUUUUUCCGUGUUCUUUGUUUUGGGCUUGUUUGAGGUCGUCAGACCGCCGAAAAGUAGCGUUUCGAGACGGUGGCCGAAGUGUACAGGCAAAAACCUGUAAGAAUAAUUAGUUGAGCGUGUUAGUAACGGGAGUCAUUUAUGAAGUUUUGUUUUAUGAAUGCUGUUUGUUGAUGUGUAUAAAAAUGAGUUUUAUUUAAAAUUGAUUUUAGUCAGUAAUUCAAUGGGUUACCAAUACAUUUAUAUUGUCAUUUAGGGAAUUAAUUAGGUAUCAUAAUAUGGUGUCACACAGCUAGAAGUCAUUUGUCAUGUGUCUUCAGGUCCACCUUUUUUGUGGAAUAGAUCUGAUCUCCUGUUAACACCUUUGUGAACUGAAAUGUUAAAUAAAGCUGUGCUGUUCUGCUAUGAAUGAAAUGUGGCUUUAGUUUCCGUGGCUUUUCGACUAGCUUGCCAACAGUCAUUUAUGAGGAAGAAGCAUUCAACAAUUGUCCAGCUGCACCCAUGUUACGUGUCACUGUAAUAUUUACUCUUAAAGUGUCUAAACUAAAUGCCAGUAGCAGCACCAAAUUAUAUAGCAAACAUACUGACCAGACAGGUUUCCCAAAAACUCCUAGUGCUGGAUGCUAAUAGAUAGCUCUCUAGGAAUACAGUGCUGCAUUCCACACUCAGAACUUUGGAAUAUCCCCUCCUCCUGCUUGAAUAUAACCGGGAUGGCACUCCAGGUCAAACGUCCAACUUGAAAAGUCAACAGAGCAUGAUUGGAAUGGUUCGAGAUCGGAAUAUAGAAGCUUAAUCUCUAAUAUAGUGCUGGGGGAAACCCCAAAAACAAGUGAGCAUUUUUGCACAUACUCUUCCAUUGUUCUGAAGUCGAUGGGUUUUAGUUAAAUGCCUUAAAGUCUGUGGUUAACACAAGCUCAAGUUAUUUCCAC